AGGCUUAAACUGACAAUGAGGUGCUUCUUAUGGAUGCUGUUCCUUCCAGGUUCUUUAAGUAAACCGUUAUCUGUGACACCCAAACUCCUAAAUGUUUGGGAAGGAUCUUGCGCGGUCGUUUCAUGCAACAUCCAAAAGGAGUAUAACAAUAGAAUUAUCAACCAUGUGUCCUUUGCUUGGUAUUUUCAGCCUUCAUUUAAUAAUACCCUAAAUGAUUACAGUGGAGUGCUCUUAUAUAACAGCAACCAGACAGCAACUGAAGUCAGUUCUGAGUUUAGUAAUCGAGUGAAAUUUGUGGGUGAUUUGGGAAACAAAAACUGCAGUUUGAAAAUUUCCCAGCUCCGCCUAAGUGAUAAAGGCUUUUAUGGGAUCAGACUUUAUUGGAAAGCUGGAAAGUGGCAAACUCAAAAUAAAUGGUUCGAAGAACUAGAAAUUAUUGUUCAUGAAACCCCUUCAGAACUGAUAAAAACAGUGUCCCAAGAAAUGAUAGAAAACAACAAGUAUACAGUGGCAUGUUCAAUACCUUAUCAUUGUUAUGAUGAGCCCAUAAAAUUGUCUAUCCAAGGAUUAGAAGAUCAUCUUGUGUUGCCCACAAAAAUUACCACUGAAAUCCAGACAGUACAGACUGAACAGUCUUUCACUGCCACUUGGAAGGAUCAUGGGAAACAAUUGACAUGUUUGCUAAAAACCCAUGAUGGGAGAGAAAUAAAGAAACCAUUUGCAAAUCUGAUGGUAAAAUAUUGCCCCAAGGAUGUCCAACUUUUUCAUUCAAAUCAUUUGCCUAUCAAAGAAGGUGACAAAGUCAUUUUGAACUGCUCUGUGGGCAGUAGUUACCCCAGCAACAACAAUUACAAAAUUUUUGGAUCAAGUGAUAUACCCAGAAGUUGGGGCUCGACACUGACAUUCGUUGCAAUUCCUGCACCAAUCAAUUCUUACAGAUGCGAAGCAUGUAACAGUGUUGGCUGCACUUUCUCCCCAACCAUCACUUUGGAUAUCCUUUAUGGCCCCAAAGAUGUCAAGCUCAAUCGAAAACCUUCAGGGUUGGUCCUUGAAGGUAAUCCUGUUCACCUGAUUUGUAGUGUGGGAAUGGCCAACCCCAAGCAACUCAGUUACACCUGGUAUAAAAAUGGGCAACUUCUGUCACUGAACUCUGCAGAAAAUGUUCUAUUCAUCCAGAAUGCCAGUUCAACGAAUUCUGGCAUCUACCGUUGUGUAUCAAAAAACAACAUAACAAAGGCAGAGUCUCCAACUAUUGAGCUGGAAGUGAAUUAUGGGCCUCGUAAUGUUCAUCUAACUCCAGACAAGAAAGUUGUGACUGAAGGAAUGGAUCUCUAUUUGAGAUGUGAUAAUGAUGCUUACCCAUCAGUAGCUACUUACAAGUGGUAUUGGAAAGGAGAAGAAAUCCCCAUGGAGAAUUCAAAAUUCUUAAUUAUCAGGAAAAUUAAGGUUGAGCAUUCAGGAGAUUAUCUCUGCAGAGCAUUCAAUACUAUCUCUAAUAAGGAAUCACAGCUCAUCACCGUUAGUGUAUCCUUCAGCAGAGCUACAGUGAUGAAACACAUCUUGAUUGGCCUUGGUGUGGUUCUUGCCUUUAUUAUGUUACUGGGGUUGCUGCUUUAUGGCUUGAAGAAAUGGAAGAAAACAAUACGUUCGGACAUUGACAGUGCACAGAGGCCUGCCAGAGGCUCGUUUUUUGUGAGGAAGGCCAACCGAGAAGUACCACCUAAUAACAACUCCAGACUAAAUGAAUGUAGAAGAGACUGCUCCCCAGACUACCAGAACGAGGAGCAAGAUGGCACCAUUUCAUAUGCAAGGCUCCAGUUCCCCCACAGUGGGUUACAUAACCAUACUAUUUAUUCCAGUGUCAUGCAACCAAACGUGGGACUCGAUUCCUCAGAGAACAGCGUGAUCUACAGUGUAGUAAAGAAACCUGCAUUCCAGCCCAAGAAUGACACCAAGGUGGAUUAUGAGAAUGUGGUGAAGAAAGAAGAAGAAGAAGAACUGCACUAUUCUUCCUUGGUGAACCUAGCACCGCGCUCCCAUCCCACCAACGUAGACUUAGAAACAGAUUCUGAAUCAGAAGACAGCAUCCAGUAUGCAGCUCUGAAGCACUGAUCUACUCAAGCGUUCCAAGAUCAGGACUCUCCAGCUAGGGAGUAGAAAGGGAUUAGAAUUGGGUGUGUCUAAAAAGUUUUCUUUUUACAGCCAAGAAUAGCAGAGUUCUGCGGGUAGAAGAAGAAAGAUAACGUAGGAUAAAGGGCUAAUAAAGCCAGUAUUUAUGUUUAUAUUGUGUGUCCAAGUCAACAACAGAAGCUCUAUGGCUGGUAUAAUGGUCAGCUUUCAAUGUAGAAACCUAAUUCACUGGUUUACAUGACUGCUAAAGCUUGCUCUUCUCUUUCUGAUAUUCAAUCCACUCCUUAGAAACUAUUACAGAGAGGCUCAAACUUGCUCUUGUAGGUGCUUUUUUUUUUCAAGAGGCAACUGGACUUUCUUAUUUUUC